AUGGCAUCCUCAUCACGCGGGCCCCCGCGCCUGAGCACAGCACCGAGCAGCAUCAAGCCGCGUCAACUUUCCCACCUCCACGCGCAACUGGCCCAGCUGAGCGCCAAUCUGGCGGAUCUCGAGAAUCUGGUACGCAUGACGAGUGUGCAGGCCGAGUGUGUACGGGGGCUAGGAGGGUGGCAUGGGGGGUUAUUCAUGGCUGCCUCGAAGGUGUUGGGGGAGGAGACUGUGGCGGGGGGUGGACAGGAGGGGUCGCAGGCGGGAGAUACGUGAGGGAGAGAGGAAAGGAGGGAUAUUGCAUACUCGAGUAAAGAGAGGGCCCGAGAGACUGGUUGGUAAUGGAUAGAGGGAUGGCUGUGCGACGCCGACGUGAUGGGUGGUGUGUGAGCCAUGAUGGAUUUGGCAUCACAAAGUGGCGGUCAGGGGAUAGCUGAGCCCAGGGCCGGAUGAACCAUUACACAAGGGAUGGAUGUUGGGGGUGCGGGAGGAAUCAUUGCUCACAAGGGGUCGGAAUUGGGGGCAAGGGCGGUGGCAAAUGGAGUUAAGAUACCUAGGCAGGACGGGGAUUCGUGCGAGCUUUGUCAAGAAAGACAUGGCAUGUUCAGAAACACACAGAAUAUUACAACGAAAUAUGAUCUUUGAAAGCCA